CAUAUCCCAAUCCGUUGCCCAAGUCAAUAGCGGAAGGCACGUUUCUUGCACGACAAACGCCGGUGUAUUAUCAAUUUAUUUUGCAGCUCGGAUGUCAAAUAAGAAAUGGUGAAGUUAACACCAGACCUCAUAGAGUCAGCAGCUCAGUACAUAAAUCCAGUUAGGGACAGAGAACUGGAUCUAAGAGGGUACAAAAUACCGGUAAUUGAAAACCUUGGCGCCACUUUGGACCAGUUCGACUCCAUCGACUUUUCAGACAAUGACAUCAGGAAAUUAGACGGGUUUCCACUCUUGCGUCGAAUCAAGACACUAAUCUUCAACAACAACCGAAUAUGUCGCAUCGGCGAUAACCUGCAGGAACAUAUUCCCAAUCUGGAAACUUUGGUGCUGACAAGCAAUCACAUACAGAACCUCGGAGAUAUCGAUCCUCUCGCCAGCAUCAAGACCCUGACAUAUAUGUGUCUGCUGAAGAACCCUGUCACAGUAAAGAAGCACUACCGGCUUUACGUCAUCAACAAACUACCGCAGCUGCGAGUGCUGGAUUUCCGUCGGAUACGUCUGAAAGAACGGCAGGAGGCACAGCAGCUGUUCAAGGGACGUAAGGGCAAGCAAUUGGAAAAGGAGGUCGGAGUUACCACGGACGAGAAUGGGCCAUCUGCGGUUGUCACCAAGGGAAGUGGUGAUGCCAGCAGGACAUUAAAGGGUGCCGUCUUGCCUCCUGGUGAGGAGGCCAUGGACACAGGAGCGGUGAACGGCAGCUGAAGCGUGGCUUCUCGUCUUGACAGAAUGGUGCAAGUUUGUCAAAGUCUUGCACGUCCAGGCAUUGUACAUUUUCCCAUUCAUUUCAUCUUCACAGCAUCCACACUGUGGUUCAUUUCGCUGUUUCCGGUCGAAGUGAUGUUUGUUCAGAUGCUGUAAAGAACAGUUACUACUACUACUACCUUUGGUCUGCCAGCCAAAAGUGUUGAUACUUUUGCCGAGUUGCGAUGUGUCUUUUUUUUUUCUUUUUUUGUAAUAAAGACUUCCCUCUCGUUCGAGGCGGAUAAGCAUC